AUGGAUUCGGAGAAAUAUCUCAUAUCGUACGGAUGGAAGAAGGGUGAGCCGUUACAGAAGGGUGGGAUCAAGAAACCCAUACUAGUAUCACAUAAAUUUGAUUUAAAGGGAGUUGGACACCAAGCAAAGGACACCAUUACGUGGUGGGAGACAGCGUUUGACGGGAAGUUGAAGUCGUUGAAUGUGAAUGAGAGUGGCGGGUUCAAGAGCGACCAGAGGCGGAUGGAGGAGCUUGAAAGAGAGGAACGCAAAAAGAAGAGUCCGUUGUACCAGAUGUUUGUCAAGGGGGAGACGUUGGUAGGUACUGUUGAUGGCAGUGGGAGACGGGAGGUUGUGCCGAAUGGGAGGAAGAGACAGAUGAGAGAGGAGGUUAAUGUUGAGAGUGAACAACUAGUGUUUUUCCUUAGUGAUUCUGAGGACGGGUUUGAUGGCGAGCGUCGUAAAGACAGCCAAAAGAGGGCCAAGAAGGAUAGAAAGGAUAAAGAAGAUAAAAAGACGAAAAAGGAAAAGACGAACAAGGAAAAGACGAAAAAGGAAAAGACGAAAAAGGAAAAGACGAAAAAGGAAAAGACGAAGAAGGAAAGGAAGGAAAAGAGGACGAAAAAGCACACCAGAGAUAAGAAAGACAAAACUGACAAGAAAGAGAAAUACAGUACAACGGUAACGGCAAUGGCAACAGCAUGUACAUGA